AUGAAUAGUGCAUGUGGAUGUUUUCAUGUGUUAGGUGCUAAUAAUAAUACAGGCAUUUGUGGUUUUCGGUGGCCAACAUGUUCUCGCCUUGUUCUAUGUAAUUCUUCAGACAACUCAUGUUCUCAACCUGAUACAACCUGUGUGAGACAUCCUCAAUGUAAUGAUCUUCCUAUUUGCUAUCCAGUUACAAUGACUAAUCAAAGUAUCUGUCCACGAAUGAAAAAUAACAUCAAUCUUAAGUGGGACCAAAAUGCCACUACUGUGGCUGGUGAAAAUGUAUCAGGACAACAAUUAAAUCAACUCGAUCGUCCUCGUGGGAUCUUUAUUGACGACAAGAAAAAUAUUUUCAUUGCUGAUUCUUGGAAUGAUCGUAUUAUUGAAUGGAAAUAUAAUGCAAAAGAAGGACAAAUCAUUGCAGGUGGAAAUGGCAAAGGAAAUGAAAUGGAUCAAUUGAAUGAGCCAUCAGAUGUGGUUGUUGAUCAACAAAACCAUUCGAUCAUCAUUGCUGAUUAUAAGAACAGCCGUGUGGUUCAAUGGGUGGGUGAAAAGCAACAAAUUCUCAUUCAAAAUAUUGUUUGUUAUGGCUUGGCAAUGGAUAAACAUGGAUUUCUUUAUGUUACUAAUGAUAGAAAGAGUGAAGUGAGACGAUGGAAAAUGGGAGAAUAUAACAAUGACGGAAUUGCAGUGGCAGGUGAAAAUGGACUAGGAAGUCAACUCAAUCAACUCGAUCAUCCUCGUUUUAUCUUUGUUGAUGAAGAUCAAUCUGUUUAUGUAGCGGAUAUAGGUAAUCAUCGUGUGAUGAAAUGGAAAAAAGAUGCAAAAGAAGGAAUAGUUGUGGCUGGAGGAAAUGAUAAAGGAGGAAAUCUUAAUCAAUUGUCUAGUCCUCAUGGAGUGACUGUUGAUGAUUUUGGUCAAAUUUAUGUAGCAGAUUGGGGGAAUAAUCGAGUAAUGCGUUGGUCUGAAGGAAAAGGUGAAGGUGAAAUUGUUGUUGGUGGAAAUGGUUAUGGAAAUCAAUCAAAUCAAUUGAGUCAACCCCAUGGUUUAUCCUUUGAUGAUGAAGAAAAUCUAUAUGUUGCUGAUUAUGGGAAUCAUCGAAUUCAAAAAUUUGAAAUAAUUUUGUGA